AACUCUCAUGUAUCUCUAUUUAAAAAUAAAUUAUAAAUGAUUUGAAAAUACUUACUUAAAAUUAAAUAUAAUAAUAAAUCCGUUUAUUUUCUCAUUUUAUAUAAUAGAACCACGCGUAAUCCGUGGGAAUCUGUAAUCUGAUUUUUCAAAGUUUCUAUUUAUAAACUUACACUAUUUAAGUUUUCUCAGUAAAGAAAAAAUACGCUUAAAAAUGAGCUAAGUAUGCAUCUAAAUCUGUUUUUGGUUUUACUUCCCGCGUAAAUUAAGGGACAUCCAUAAUCUUAUUGUUUUUAUUACACUGUUAAAUUAUUGAAUAAUUUAUUAUUAGAUACUAAUAUUUAGAUUACUUACUUUACUUAACUAAAUUUGUUUAAGUAUAAAAUUGUAAAACCAGUCGGCCUUCAUGACCUAAAAUGUGUUAUUUUGACGGAAUGUUUUCGAACUUAAUCAAUUUCCUAAUGUGUCUGUUUUCUUAUCUCUUCGUAUCCUAGAUAACCAAUCCAUAUUAUGACAGUAGGCUGAUAAUAGGCCGAAUAAUUUUCACCAAUUUUAUAAUACAAUUUCGUACACUAUUUUUCAAAAUCUCCCGCUUCAUCUUUGAAAUGUAGUAGGUGGGGUUGUGAAGUGUUAUUUUUAGAGCGUUCUGUUUAUUACUUGUCUUGGCAAUGAAUUUUUUCAGGUCAGUAGUGGGAUGCGUGGACCUCUUGUCGCAUAUUUCGUCUCGAACUGAGAUUGUCACGAACUGGGUGUUAUCUUCACUCAUUGAUGGGUUAUGAUAUAACGUCAAUUGAUAACUUCCAUCCAUGGAGCAAUUCGCUAUCGGCGCUUUUUCUGCCGUCUGUGCCACGAUUGUGACGAAUCCUCUGGAAGUAGUGAAGACCAGGUUCCAGCUCCAGGGAGAACUGAGAGCUAAAGGACGACAUGCUGUUCACUAUAAAGGUUUUUUCCAUGCCAUGUACACCAUCAUCAAGGCAGAUGGAUUCCUGGCCUUACAGAAUGGUUUGGUACCAUCAAUCUGGCAUCAGAUAUUUAUGAAUGGCUUCAGACUUGGUGGUUUUCAUAUUGCUGAAGAAAUGAAACUCAAUCUGAAACCUAAUGGUGAAGUGUCACUGCCCAAGACAGCUUUGGUAGCAGGAAUCAUGGGCUCAAUAACUGCCUUCACUGGAAGUCCCUUUUUUCUGGUCAAAGUACAGUUGCAAUCAAAAUCAAGCCGUAGUAUCGCUGUAGGAACCCAGCAUGAAGCAAAUAGCAUGUUGUCUGCAUUUUCAUCUGUUUACAAAAAUCAUGGUGUAGCUGGUCUCUGGAGAGGAGUCGGUGGUUCCGUGCCUCGGAGGAUUGUAGGAUCUUCUUCGCAGCUUGUAACUUUCACUGCGAUGAAGGACUUCCUUGCAAAUAACAGUGUCUAUAAAAUCCCCAAGGGUUACUUGAAUGCUUUUGUUUCAAGCCUGAUUGGUGGAAUGGCUGUUACAGUUCUCAUGAACCCUUUGGAUACAAUAUCUACAAGGCUUUAUAACCAGGGAUAAAAGGCUUCAAGUUUAUAAAAAUGACUAAAUUCAUUACUGGGUUCGUUACCAAGUGUAACUGCUGUACUUCUCCAUCAUUGAUUGUACAUUUCCUAAAUAAUGGAGUAGAUAAAAAUGGAAGAGGUCUUCUAUACUCAAGCUAUUUUGACUGUGUAUCAAAGAUUUAUAAAAUUGAAGGUUUCUUUGGUUUUUAUAAAGGAAUUGUACCUUUGUACGUUAGAACUGGACCGCAAACAGUACUGGUUUUGGUGAUCUGGGAUACAACUAAAAAUUAUUACAACACAGCUAAGAAGAAAAGAGAACAAUUGAACCAUUCAUAGAGCAGUUCUCAGGAAAAUUAGUUAAGUUAAAAAUAAGUUUUUCAAACAGAACUAAAGUGUAGGAAAUAAUAUUGCUGUGAGGUAAGCGUUACCAGUAUUUUUAAUCUUCCUUUACACAGGGAAGUAAAUCUGUGUGUAACUCGUCAAUAAAGUUCCUGAGAAAAGUGUCGUAGAUAAAUUAUUAUUCUUGUUAAUAAAAGUGAUUAAAAAUAU